GUGUAUCCUUCUGCUUUCCGGUAAGAGGCGCAUUAUGUUGCUGACAAUGUAAAUCACCUUGUCAGCUGAUUGCGUUGCAUGGAUGUUUUAAGCAAUGAACAGUUUGUGGUAUGGCAUAGUAAUUCUAACAGUUUCAAUAUCUUCUAGUCACAUUAAUGCCGACUACCAUGUGGAGUGCAGCACACUAAGAAUGGGCCAGUAUAUUUGCCCAGAUCCUGACCCAUCCUAUGAGUAUAUUGAUCCCAAAACCCAACAACCUUACGGUUGUACAAAGGAAAAUAAAGCGAAAGUGCAAUGCAGAGCGGCUGACGGGAUAAACUGCACAGAGACAAAAAAUUCCACAUUCAAACGGGAAAUUUCUUGUAAAUGGACAAAUGGUUAUUCGUUUGAGACAGCCAUGCUGCUCUCCAUCUUCUUCGGUAUGUUCGGAGCAGACCGCUUCUACCUUGGUUACCCUGCAAUUGGUUUGCUCAAGUUCUGUACACUGGGCUUUAUGUUCUUGGGGCAGUUGGUGGACAUCAUUCUGAUCGCGACACAGGUUGUGGGACCAGCUGAUGGAUCACACUAUGUUAUCCCGUAUUAUGGUGCAGGCAUAGAGGUGAUCAGAAGCAACAACUGGACAUACAGACUCCCGCAGCAUGAUUGGUAGCAGCACAUUGUGAUAAUCGUCUAGAAAUGAGGAGUAGCAGAUCAACUAUAAAGCAUAUCUUACAGUUCUCCUCAUCUUUUGUGACAACUGUUUAUAUUAGUACCAUGCUUUUAGGGCAUGUGUGAAACUGUCAGUGUCCUUGUGAGUAUACACUCUGUUAGCUUUGCCCUGUCUUUCUGGCCAUACACAAGUAAUAGGGCCAUUGCAGAUGGAUGAAUUUUCUUGAAAUGUGAUACUGCAAUUUAUUUACAAAUUAGAGAACAUGUAAAGAUAUUUUACAUGAGGGCCUAAGUACUUAUUUAGGCAGACUUCAAUGUCCAGUGAAGGGAUGUAAUGAGAUGCACAAAAACUAUAGCUUUUAAUAAGAUGUACAUUUCACAUUGUACACAUUUUCUUACAUGACAAGCUGUUUUCACAGUAGUAAUCAUCAUCAGGUACUGGGUUUAUAUCCUGUUUGUUUUAUUCGUCUUUUUGUAGGUCUUCCUGUUGGCAUUCUUCCUUUAGGCUUAUACUGUAAUAUCUUUGGCAUUCUAUCUUUAUUCUUAGUACAUGUUUAUACCUGUUUUUCCCCAUCUGUGUGUGUCAUUAAUAUUGUGUGUGUGUGUGUGUGUGUAUAAAAUUCAUUUCAAAUAUUCUCAUUUCAUUUUUCAUCUAACAUUCCUGUAAUUGAUCUUAAAAAUCUCAUUUCAUCUGCUUGUAAUCUUUGUUUGUUGCUUUUCAUCAUCAUCCAUGUCCAUUGCCAUACAGGCAUGCUAAGACAGAACUUUAUAGAAUUUAGACAUUUAUUCUUGUUGUCCUUUACUUUUUAAUGUUGAUGUUGGUCAUCUGGGCAGUAAAUGCUAUGUGGACUUGUAGAUCAGCACUGACAUCUUCACCACUGUGAGAACCUCAAGUCACAUAUUGGUGAUCUUUAUUUAAUUACAAAAGUCAUGUCUGUCACAAGGGAAAAGGGGAACAUUAUAAACUGUUACUAGUCUUUGGACAAUACUUUGAAAGUGCUUUACAGUGUUUCUAAGACUAACCUGCAUGCUUGAGGCAAACUGUAUGUUUCUGUAUACAUGUAGAAGUCAAUCUGUUCUGCAUUUGUAUUGUAAUGGCAAACAACUUGGCAUUUGGGUGACAACACUGUUCUAGGAAACUGAUAGCAGUUCUACUAAUAAUUGACUAUGGACUCUACUGUAUGACUUUGGAAGUGCUAUCCAGAACUGAAACCUGAGCAGAUUUUUGCAGCAUGGCAUGACCAAGACUUCACCAAAACUGUACAACCUGCCCAUAACAUCUGCUCAUGCAUCAAGUAGUUUGCCCAGGGUCAUAUCUUACUAGUAUUUUUGUGAAUAUUUAUAAUAAAACUUUCCUAUAUUUGGAGUAGA